AACCAGCAGUGUCCUGUCCCAUACAUUUGAUGCACAGAAUAAGAACUGAACGGUUUCGCUCCUGAAAAGUUGUGUUUCAAUAAACACGUGGGUUUAUUGAAAAUGCCGUUUGACUCGAGACGUAUCCGUGGACCGGAGGAGUCGCAGUCCCCGCUGCUCUUUCUUUCCCCAGACAAAGUUCCCGAGGCCAGCAGCAGGCAGGGCGUCCGAGGGAAUGGAGACGUGCGGCCAGUGUUUGCGCGCUGUGGGCUGGUCAGCCAGGCGAAGGGCUCUGCGUACCUCGAGGCUGGAAACACCAAGAUCAUAUGCUCGGUGUACGGACCGAGAGAAAUUGAACGUAAGGACGAAACAGACAUGAAAACCGGCCGCCUUGUUUGCGACUUCAGGCUCGCGCCGUUUUCCUGUAUGAAACGGGGUGCCUGGAUCCAAGGCAGCGAGGAACGAGAUCUGUCCGCGACUCUGCUCGAGAGUUUGCAGCCAGGAGUUUGCCUCCACAGAUACCCACGUUCGCAGAUUGAGGUUAAUGUCAUCGUUCUGGAGAAUGACGGCUCGAUUCUUGCACAUGCGAUUACCUGCGCCUCUAUGGCCCUGGCGGAUGGCGGUAUUGAAAUGUAUGAUGUGGUGUUAGGUUGUGCGCUGCGGCAGAAUGGAAACACGUGCCUCGUUGACCCAUCACACUCAGAGGAGUGUGGGAGCUGGCAGGAUGGAUACGGGGAGAAUCGGGGAUGUGUCACCGUGGCUCUGCUUCCCAAUCUGAAUCAAGUGUCUGGUCUGAAUGCGGACGGGGAGAUGCGGGAAGACACACUGACUGAUGCUGUGAGAACCUGCCUGGACGGCUGUCACAAACUCUAUCCGGUGGUACAGCAAGCGCUGACGAGGGCUGUGAAGAGAAAAGCUCCUCCACCUGAGAAAUAGACUUGUUUGCCAGGAUCUUAAAGUUUUUGUUUUGUUUUGAGGAAAAUAAAAUUGUAAAACUAAAAGUGAAUGUAUUGUUUGUGCAUGCACUGCUUAUCAAAAUGUCUACACUUGUGUUACAAUGUAGUACCAAUUAAAUACAGUAUCUUCGGUUACAAAUAUAUUUUCUUAUCUUUUAUUUUUUUUCAUUGCACAAGUGUUGAUGGUUUUGUAUUCAGUAAGUACAUUUGCAAAUAUAUAAAAACAUGUUUGUAAUAUGAAGGCUUUUUUUACUGGAUAAAAGAAGUAGAAAAGAUAAAUUCUGAGGCUGAUGCUUUGCUG